AUGUGGAAAAUUGUUUUAUUUUACAUUACCUGUUGUCGAUUAGUAUUAACCAUUCGUAUUAAUAUAAUUAAUAAUGCAGUGUUUGAUCCAAAUAAUGUUAGUUAUAUACUGAAUACUCUUUCUGGUAUUCAGUCACUGGACUCUUGUAUUUGUCAAUGCGAUACGAAUUCAAACUGCACCAUCAUUAAUUACUAUGGUCUUAAUCAAACAUGUAUUCUUUUCUCAGCACAAUUAUGGCAAGGAAGCCUACGUGUAGUACCUACCAAUAAAAUAAUCACUCUUGUGAUUUAUGGAAAUACAAAUUCUACAAAUAUGUCAUGUAUUCCAUCAACAAAUUAUGUUCUCAACUAUACAACUUCACCACUCAGCUAUACACAACAGAUCUAUAAUUUUACAGCACAGUAUAGUGGCUUUGCAACUUUAGAAUUUGGUUUCAAGGCAAAAAAUCCAGCUUUCACUUGGCAUCUUGAUGAUGUCAGUAUCAUCGAUACAAGUGCAUUAAAUAUUGAAAUGCUUGUAAACGGUAAUUUUGAAAAUGGUACCUUAAUUGGCUGGCAAAUAUUAUGUUCAAGUAACAAUUGUGGAGGAACAGGUAGUAGUAUAAUGCAAACAACGUGUCACACAGGCUCAUUUUGUUAUGAAGGGACAUGUGCAGGCAAUUAUGAUUAUUUACGUCAGUCCUUUUCCAUAACAAUCGGACACAUUUAUACAUUAAGCUUUUGGGUAUACACUGAUGGACAUAUUGAUCAAGCUGCUUAUGUUAAUAUCAGUUAG